ACGUUCUCUCCUCCAAGCAGAAAUAUAUCAAGCCGAUUCCUUCUUCCCACCGUAGUUCGAUCUCUUCGACCGGACCAUGUACAGAACGGCCGCGAAGCGUCUCUUGUCAGUUGCAACCUUGCGUAACUCUAGCAAUGGACGACUUCGAUGCCCGUAUGCCGAGACUUUGAUUGGAGGCGUUUCUCGCUUUUCCACUUCUACGAAUCCUCAGUCAUUCUAUAAUCAAAGCCAUAAUGAAGAUCAAAUCCCCUUUCCGCCCGUGGAUAACCCUAAUGACGCAGAUUCUACAACAUCUUCGUCAACUUCAUCGUCGGCAUCAUCGACGGCCGAGGGAGCGGGAGCUCGUCGCUACCAGAGGCAGAGACCGAGAGUCGAGUACCAGGAUGAGCAAGCACGCGUGCUUCAAGCUUCCCUCCCUCACGUGAUAGUAUUGGGAUGGACUCAAGAGGCCAUGAUUUCUGGCUCGAGAGAUAUUGGUGUGUCACCUGCUAUUGUUGGCACUUUUCCAAGGAAAGAAGCUGCUCUAGUUGAGUUUUUCAUGGAUGACUGCUUGCAAAGGCUUAUCGAUAGAAUUGACUCAGGAGAGGAUCUACGGAGUUUGAUGCCUAGUCAGCGCAUCUCCAAGCUUGUGAGGAUCCGUUUGGAAAUGCAAACACCUUACAUAUCGAAGUGGCCGCAAGCCCUUAGCAUUCAAGCACAGCCACCAAACAUUCCAACAAGUUUUAAGCAGCGUGCAAUGUUGCUGGAUGAGAUAUGGCAUGCUGUUGGUGAUGAGGCCUCUGACAUGGAUUGGUAUGUGAAGCGCACUGUACUUGGAGGAAUAUACUCGAUCACUGAGAUCUACAUGCUCACAGAUAUUUCCCCAGAUUUUCGUGAUACAUGGGCAUUCUUGGACGAUCGAGUGAAAGAUGCUUUUGAUCUGAAAAAGACUAUCCAAGAGGCCAAGUAUCUGGCAGAAACUGUGGGUGCAGGAAUGGGAAGCUCUUUGCGCGGAUUUGUGAAUCGAGUUUUUAACAGAUGAGAAUUGCUGGACAGAUGGUUCAAAAUAUGUUGGCAGUGGCAUUCAUCCGCUGUUUACAUACUGGGCGUCCAUUAAUAAGGAAUUAUCUACCCUUUCUUUCUUCUUACACAAUUGAUGCAAUCAAAAUGUAAUUAGAAUUCCCGUCCAAAUCUCCACCAACUUAUACUUAUAGUUUGUCAUUAGGUCUUUUACAUUUUGAUUGUGCUCUUGAAUAAAAUUUAGUAUCUAGUAUAUACAUGAGUAGAUACGGUUUGAUUGA